AGAGCACUCUCAAAAUAUAAAUAUCACGCAUAGAACAGCUGAUUGUGUAACAAUAGAAAUGUCAUUUAUUAUUUCAACAGGCUUACAGUCAAAUUUCAUCAUUUAUGUCUGGAAAUAUUCUUAAAUCCUUGCUACAGAAGUGUGUACAGUAUUGUAAAGGAGGCAAUGUAAAAAGCAAGCGGAAUAUGGCACAACACAAAGAUGACGUUUUUCUCCAGAUUGGUGAUUUCAAAGUAUUUGCUUGGUCAAUAUCAGGGAUAGAGACUUCAGUGGUUGUCAGGAAGCCUUCCGACGGGUUUGACUGCUGUUUUGAUAUGGGCUAUUCCAGUCGUGAAAAUGUGAAAUGCCAAUCGGUGAUGAUCAGUCACGGUCACAUGGAUCACAUAUCAGCUGUACCUCAGCAUAUCAAGAAAAGAGAGUUGUUGGGAGGAAAACCGGCCUCAUAUUAUGUACCAGAACAUCUUGUUGAGGACGUUCAAGAACUUUGUAAUACAUAUGCAAAAAUAUGUGAAAAUUCUGAAGGCUUGAAAGCGCCAAACAUUUGUGGUGUUAAACAAGGCGAUAGAAUUAAGCUUCAUAAGGGACACUUUGCUGUACCAUUUCCUACUGUGCACAGAGUUAAAAGUCAGGGAUAUAUUGUUUACAGUGCGAAAAAGCAGCUGAAUCCAGAAUUCCAGGGAUUGUCUAGCAAAGAAAUAGGUGCAAGAAUCCGUGAUGGGGAGAAUGUUCAUACAGACCCAGUCAUUACCCCAGAGAUUGCAUUUACAGGUGAUACAACAUUUCAGGUUUUUACGAAUGAAGUUUAUGAUCCACCACCGGAUCUCUUCAAAGUGAAAUUACUGAUAGUGGAGGCUACGUACAUAAAUGAUGACUGCAAUAUAGAGGAACGUGUGCAACAAGCACGAAAAUGGGGUCAUAUACAUUUGUCUGAAAUUUAUGAAAAUGCUGAACUAUUCAAAGAUGUUGAUAAUAUAUUGCUGAUACAUAUGUCAGAUAAAUACUCGUGUAGAUAUAUUCAAGAAAAAGUGUUCAGUAACAUACCAGAGGCAUUGAAAGGAAAAGUUCAUGUGUCCACGAUAGCAAAGGAGAGAUAUUUGUGAUUUAAAUUACCAGUUCUUUUUUUUAAGAUUUUAGAUUAGUACAUUUUGUAUAUGCCUGUUUUAUAAUUAUACAUUGCAGAGUGUGAUUUUUUAAAAAACAUAUUUUUAGAUAUUUUUAAACACGUCGAAACAAGAAUUAUGAAAAAGACUGCACCGGUUGUUCAGAAUACCAGAUGUAUACAUCUAAUAUAAUGGGAUUACUUAUAUUCUAGGGGCAUUGUCAGCAGUACACUUUUAUUAAAGUUUUGCUAACCAGUUCAUAUCUCAGUAAUUAUUGUUAAAAAUACUACACCAGUUAUUCAGAAUUCCAGGUUUAUACAUCUGAUACAGUGAGAUUACUCAUAUUCUAGGGGCAUUGUCAGCGGCACACUUUUAUUAAAGUUUUGUAUGCCAGUCCGUAUCUCAGUUAUUUAUGUUUGUAUUGGAUUGAAAUUUUACUCAAAGCUUCUUAGUCAACAAACCUACUGAAUGUCUGAAGCAACUGAGUUAGGUUAGCCCUUUCUUGACUUAGAAAAUUUGGUUAAAAUUUUGCUUGCAACUAUCUAAAUGUAUCUCAGUAACAGUUCUGUGUGUUGAAUUAGAACUUCACACAAUGCUUUCAAGUCAACAGGUGUACUAAAAUGACCAAGUAAGAUAACUUUCUGUUGAAUUAAGAUCAAAUUGCGGCCCUUUUUCAACAUACAAAAAGUGGUUAAAGUUUAGCAUGCAACAAAAGAUACAUUUAGUAGCAACUCUAGCUUUUGAAUUUAAACCUUACUCGAUUCUUUCUAGUCAUAAAUUUUGAUAAAACCUCAUGAAAGAAUCAAUUUACUGGUGCAAAUUGAUUCAAUAUUUUGGCCUUGUUUCAACUUUGAAUUUGGUUCAAGUUUUGCAUGGAACUAGUUACCAAGCUGUAUCUCAGUAUCAACUGGUAUUGGUUUGAAACUACACAGUGCUUCUCAGUCUUCAGACAUACUGAUGCAACCAAGUUUUAUAACUCUUGAUUGAAUUUAAGUUGAAUUAUGGCCCUUUUGCAACUAAGAAAAGCCAGACAUACUAAAAUAGCCAAGAUGAAUUAUUGUUUGUGGGAUAUAUUAUAAAUUAUAGGCGCUCCCUUACUACUAAGAAAUUUCGGUUAAAGUUUUACAUGCAACAGUUAAGCUAUAUUUCGGGAACAGUUACUGAUUGAAACUUCACACAAGACAUCCUUCUACAUACCCAAGUUAGAAAGUUCUUGUUUAAAAUGCCUUUAUUUGACUUAGAAAUUUUUUGUAAAGUUUUGCAUGCAAGUCGCUAUCAUAACCUUUAUAGAAUUAUCAUAACUGUAAUAAAAUUUAAACUUGGUAUCAAUUGUAGUAAGAUAAUUCAGUUAUAGAAGUCUUGCAGAGUUAUGGCUCUUGUUCCUUAUAAAAGUUGUUGAAUAGUUGAUCAGGCUGUCUUACAAAUAACUCUUGUUUGUAAGGACAUAUAACCUUUAAUAUCUUAAGUUUAUUAAUUGAUUAAAACAAAGUUGUGCUGCAACAUUUAUGUAAUUGAAAAACUUGAUAUUUCAAAAACCUAGUUUUGAUAAAAUUGCGGGUGGCAUAGAGAGUAGGGCAGAGUUGGGGUGAGGCAGGUUAUUGAGGAAAAUUUACAAGUUGUUUUGGUCAGAUACCCAAUCUUUUCUGAGGCCUUAUGUAUAAUAGCUUGUAUAUGUAUGUAUACACUGUCUGUGUAUGGUUUUCAUGUCAUUGAAAUGCCCAAAAGUGCUGAAAAUGAGGUUUCAAGAUUUAAUUGUUUAUAUGAAAUAAAGAAGGAACUGAAUUAGUAUAUUGUUACCUAAACCGAAGAUGUUUAAACAAUAUGUCAUUCAAACUAGAUCAAAGGCUACAUUACAUUUUUUUUUUUGAAAAUUGUUUUAAAACAUGCACACCAUGAUUCUAAACAUACCAUUUGAGCCUAGCCAUGAGAAAACCAACUUUCCAGCUUUCAAAGUGGCUUUAAGUCUAUUGCAAUUAGAGAAACUGUUAGGGAACAGCAUGGAUCCUGACCAGACUUAGCAGAUGCGCAAGUUGGUCUGGAUCUAUGCUGGUCGCAGUCGCACUUUGUUGGUUUUCUAAUGGCGUGGCUCAUAUAUUGAAAUCUCAGCCUCUGUGUUGUUGGUGAUAAUCAUUGAUUUAUUACAUUUUAAAAGUUCAUAAAACGGGUAACUCUGUAUUCAGUAUCUUAGUCUAUUAUAUUUUGUUAUUGUAUUGUGAACAUCUGUGUAGCAGGGAAGCUUCUGGUGA